AUGUCGACUUUGGAUCCCCAAGAGAGCAAAGAGACCAUUGUCGACAUGGCUCCUGAGAUCCAGGAUAAAGUCACUCACAAAAACAAGUCUGGCCACCUUGCAUACAUACGCCAUCAAUUUCGCGAGGAACUAGCAGAAUUGUUGGGUACAUUUAUCCUCAUCAUCUUUGGCAACGGCGUUGUUGCCCAGGUAGUUCUUCACAACAAUAAGAACGGGGAAUACCUGUCCAUCAACAUUGGGUGGGGACUUGGAGUACUCUUUGGUAUCUAUGCAAGCGGAGGCAUCUCGGGAGCUCAUUUGAAUCCGGCCGUAACUAUCAGCAAUGCCAUCCACAAAGGCUUCCCAUGGCGCAAAGUGCCAGGUUACGUGAUUGCCCAAAUUCUUGGCGCUUUCCUUGCUGCAGCCGUCAUUUUUGGAAACUACCACGCCGCGCUAGAUGCAUUCGAUGGAGGCGACCGUCAAACUCUCGGACCCAAGGCGACAGCAGGCAUCUUUUCAACAUACCCACAACCAUACCUUUCCACAGUUGCGGCCUUCUUCUCUGAAUUUCUUGGUACGGCUAUUUUGAUGAUUGGAAUCUAUGCGUGUAGCGAAGCCGGCAACAGUGCAGCACCAGAUGGCUAUGGACCAAUAGCAGUCUCAUUGCUUGUCAUGGCGAUCGGCAUGGCUUUGGGAUCAGAGACGGGAUACGCCAUAAAUCCGGCUCGUGAUUUGGGACCUCGAACUCUAACAGCAAUCGCUGGAUGGGGCUCAGAACCCUUUACAGCAUACAACCAUUACUUUUGGAUUCCAAUUGUAGGGCCCAUUGUCGGUGGAGUGUUUGGUGGAUACGUCUUUCGGGCAUUGUCGGCCUACAAAAAUUCCGACGAAGGAAUUUACUAG